AUGGAGAUCCCGCGUAUUGUUCACGACGAGCUACUCCACCACGUGGACGGACCCCAGGAGGAGCACCUCAUCGCAUUGCGGCGUGCAAGUAUAAGCCCAAGACCAGGAGCUCCGUUCGACGCCAAGCUCGAUGGCGAACGCAUGCCGCUUCUGUCGGCAAUCGACAAAGUGGAGGUGAUCUUGGACGAGGAGGAGAAGAUGGCGGUGGCAGCCGAUAACCAGCUGACAGCCUGGGAGAUCGUAAGCGUGGAGACCAAGCGGCUGUUGGCUGUAGCCUUCCCCAUGAUGCUGGCAGUCAUGCUCGAAAUGUUUCCAGACCUGGCGCUGAGCGUGAUGAUUGGCCACACGGACGUCGCUCGUAGCACUGAAAUCCUGGCUGCCUAUCAGCUGUCCAGCCUCGUACAAAUGAUGAUCAUCGGAGGCCUCAUCAUGGGCCUCUCCUCAGCUAUCGACACCAUGUGCUCACACGCCUUCGGAGCUAAGAAGAUGGUUGAGCUUUGGAGAAUCACACAGGCCGCUACUAUUGUGUACUUGGUGUGCUUGCCGUUCGUUACACUGGUCCUUUGCAGUGGCAAGCCGAUGCUCGUCGCUAUGGGGCAGGACCCCGCCAUUUCUGAAGUUGCGGGGCAAUUGCUGCUCGCAAGUUUGCUCUUGGUACCAUCCUGCAUAAUGUACGCGGUCAUGAAGAGCGCACUGCAGGCGCAAAACAUCGUGAUGCCAUUUGUGUUAGCGUCACUUGGGAGCUUCAUCAUAAGCUCCAUAGCGGCUUACUUCUUGGCGUUCCACACGUCGUUAGGCUACAUUGGUGUCGCGCUGGGGAGCCCUGUCGGCUGGUUCUUGAAGGUUGCGAUGGUGCUUCCGGUGGUACUGCGCAAUCGCGUAUUUGUCGAGGCGUGGCCCGGCUGGGACUGGAGUGAAGCCUGGGCUCGAGUUCCCGGCAUUGGACGCCUGGGUGUGUCUAGUGUGCUUAUGAUGACGUUCCAAAUGGUCGGGUUCUCCUUCAUCUCGCUGCUCGCGGGUAUGUUACCCAACGCAGACGUUAUGAUUGCAGCGAACGGGAUAUUCGUGUCGGUUAUCGGUCUCGCGUUCAUGCCGCUGCUAGGGAUCUGCAUCGCUGGUGCCAUCCGCAUGGGCAAUGCUCUAGGAGCGGGUCAGGCUCGUCGUGCUCGUCUCAUCAGCUUCAUCGUGAUGAGUGCGUCCUUAUCCGUUUCUGGGGUUGCUGCUGGAAUUGUCGCCUACAUUGCGGCUCCGUACGCUGGUGCAUUCACGCCCAAUGUCGAAGCUACAGCCGUGGCAACGGAUCUUAUUAAGGAGUUGCUGCCUAUGUUGCCUCUUCUGGGUUUUGCGUUUGGAAUGCAAUCCGUUUUCCGUGCUUGUGGAAAGCAGUUGCUGUGUGCGCAACUGAAUUUUGUGUGCUUGUUCGUGCUGGGUGUGCCACUUGGAUUGGUGUUCGCGAUUCAGUUUGAUGCGGGUAUUGCGGGUCUGUGGGCAGGCAACAUGGCGGGAACCGUUAUCUUUGCCGUGGCUGGGGGUUUAUGGUUGCGUGCCACGAGCUGGGAGAAAAUGGCCCAUGACGCGAAGCACGGCACUCGCCAUACCAACAAUGAUGCCGUCGCUGCGUAG